AUGGUUAAAGAAACAAAAUAUUAUGAUAUUCUUGGUGUUCAACCAAAUGCUACAGUAGAUGAAAUUAAAAAAGCUUAUCGUAAAUUAGCUUUAAAAUUACAUCCAGAUAAAAAUCCUGAUAAUGAUCCAGAACAAUUUAAACAAUUAUCUCAAGCAUAUGAAGUAUUAUCUGAUGAAAAAAAACGUUCAUUAUAUGAUCAAGUUGGUGAACAAGGAUUAAAAGAAGGUGCAGGUGCUGGUGGAUUUCAUGGUUCAGAUCCAUUCGAUAUAUUUAAUAUGUUCUUUGGUGGUUCAUUUAGUAAUCGACAAGAUAAUCGAGGAAAAAAUCUUGUUCAUCAAUUAGGUGUUUCAUUAGAAGAUCUUUAUAAUGGAGCUGUUAGAAAAUUAGCUUUACAAAAAAACGUUAUUUGUGAUAAAUGUGAAGGUCGUGGUGGAAAACAAGGUGCAGUAUCAAAAUGUACAACAUGUAAUGGAUCUGGUUUUGUUACUCGAGUUAAUCAACUAGCACCUGGAAUGAUUCAACAAAUUCGUUCACAUUGUUCAGAUUGUGAAGGUCAAGGAGAAAAAAUAAAUGCAAAAGAUAAAUGUAAAACAUGUGAUGGAAAAAAAAUUGUUCGAGAAAGAAAAAUUAUUGAAGUACAUAUUGAUAAAGGUAUGGAAGAUGGAAAGAAAAUAACAUUUAAUGGUGAAGGUGAUCAAGAACCAGGACUUGAACCAGGUGAUAUUGUUAUUGUUUUGGAUGAAAAAGAACAUUCAAUAUUUAAACGUGAUAAAACUGAUUUACAUAUAAAAAUGCCAAUAACAUUAACUGAAACAUUAUGUGGAUUUCAAAAAGUUAUUAAAACACUCGAUAAUCGGCAACUUGUUAUAACAUCAUUACCAGGUGAAAUUAUUAAACCUGGUGAUAUUAAAUGUAUAUUAAAUGAAGGAAUGCCUGUUUAUCGAAAUCCAUUAGAAAAAGGUCGACUUGUUCUUCAUUUUGAUGUUAAAUUUCCAACUAAAAAUGAAAUACGUCCAGAAAAUAUUUCAAAAUUAGAAACAUUAUUACCAUCACGUUCACAUGUUAGUAUACCAAUGGAUGCAGAAGAAUGUGUUUUAACUGAAUAUGAUCCUCGACAAUCACAACGUUCAAAUAAAAAUGAUAUCUAUGAUGAUGAUGAUCCACGUGUUCACGGUGGACCAACACAAGUUAACUGUGCUACACAUUAA